CAGCCAGGGAAGCCGCACAGCGCGAGACGGAUCAGGAGGGGAGAACGCGCCAUCUCACCACGGGCCGACGGCCAAUGGGCCGUUGUGCUGCCCCUGAAGUACUUUCUCAUUGGUCGGCAGACUGAGGUUUAUUUGCAUAUGGCCAUCUAGUGAGCGACUGCGACUGGCUGGCUGUCCAGACCGGUAGAGCUUCUACCGUGCUGCGGGAAGAGCGGGGCGCCUGGCCCCUUCCUUCCCACCGGGGUCCCGCUUCCCCCGGCCUGAAUAACGGCCCCCGCGCGCACCUGCCCGGGCACCGCUGCCCCGUGCCAGGCUGAGCAGCGCCGCCGUGCUGGGAGCGUGGUGCCGCCCGAGCUCUGCCGGAGCGGUCUGGCCUGGCCUGGCCUCCUCACGGCGUGUAACGGGCUGUCGGGGCAAACUCCCGCAGGGCCCCUCAGGCCGCCGGUCCGAGGUGACCUGCCCAUGGGGUUCUGCUUCGCGGGCUCCUGCCAGUCGCCUCGCGGUCCCGCGCCCCUCGAGCAUCAGGCUUGGCCUGGCAUAGCGGGCGUCUGCUGCUCGAGCUAAUGCCCGAUUCCUCCACUGAGCUGUGCGCUCUCCGCGCUGCUCUCCCCCAGGGGAGCCAGUGCAGGCUACUCGGGCUGGGCUGCGCAGUCAGUUACAACAUGGCUGGUCUGUGUCUUCUGCUGCCUCUGGCUUGUUCCAACUUUGCUUACCCCCUUUGAGGCAGGAGCUUAAAUCUUGCCGUUCUGGAUGACCCCAGUGGUCCGUCCAGUACAGUGUGCUGCCCCUGAUAGCAUCGGCUGCUAGGUGGUUAAGGGCAAGAUGCAAGAAACCCCAUAAUGGACAAUUAUGGAAUAAUCUCUCUAAAGAAAAGGUUUUGUCUGGCCCUAACAGUGUUUGGUGUAUGCCUUGAAGUAUGUAAUAAAUGUUUUUUGAAAAUCCUAUCAGAUGUAACUGUGGAUGUUCCCAAUACCCAUAUAACUGUCUUAUCUCUUUUAGCAUAGUACUAAAAUCUUGCCCUCUAUGAUAUCUUAUGGCAAUCAAUUGAACAGGUUAACUGUGUUGUAUAAAAAGUAUUUUAUCAGUUUUACAUUUGUUGCCUUUCAUGAUCUUGCACUAAGAAGGCAAACAGGAAUGUCAGAUAAACCUGAUCUUUCCCAUUCUUUUUCUUGUAUACUUCUGUCAUGUCUUUUUGGAUUUUUCUCCUCCAUGAAUUAAACAGUCCUAUUGUUUUCAGCCUCUUCUCAGAUAGAAAUCACCCAUCUCUGAACCCCACUUCUGUUUUUGUUACAUGUGUUUUGAGAUACGUUUCCUAAGGAUGUCCAUUGCUGCCUCGUUCAUUACAGUGUUGAAAUUGUUGGUCAUUGUUUCUACAUCUUCCUCUAGCGCAAGCAGCAGGGCAAAUUUUCCGCUGAUCAUUGCUUGGAGUUGCUCUGCAAUAUUUUGGUCUCUGAGUCUUUCUAAGUCAAACUUCUGGUGAACUUUGGCAUGCUUUUCCUUAGCCGCAGCUGAAAAUUUAGCAUCACAAGGUGGUGAUCACUUUCAAUAUCAGCACCAAGAAGCUUCUUGUUUUAGCUCUGUUAAUCUCAGAACUAAAUUGGUUUUGCACCAUGAUGUAGUCGAUUUGGGUGUGACAUAGACCAUUAGGUGCAUGCCAUAUUGAUCAUCUAGAUGCUUUAUGUGCUCCUAAUGUGUUUUCAAGAACCAGAUUGUUAUAGCUGACAAACUCCAAAAGUCUCAAUCCUCUCUCAUUGGCUACCGCAUUACAGAAUGGCAAGAUUAUUGUGGCCUAUCUGUCUGUGCUUUAGUACCCACUUUAGCAUUCCAAUCUCCUUGUACAAUCAGGAGAUCUUUCUUGUAUACCUUAUCGAUGAUGUCUUGGAGCUGAUUGUAAAAAUCUUGAAUUUGCUUGUCAUAGUCUGUUGUAGGGGUGUAGACUUGUACCACUGUGAUAUUAAAUGGUACUGCCUUUAAACAGAUGGAAAUAAGCCUGCUGGACAUUGGGCGGCAUCCUAAUACUGAAUUCUUGAUAUCUUUAUGCACAAGAAAUCCUACGCCAUUGACAUGUUUGUCCUCUCCAUUGUAAUAGAGUACAUGGACGUCCUUUAGUACCUUUCCAAAGUUCUUCCAUCUGACCUCAGAGAGUCCUAGGAGGUGCCAGGUGUAUUGUUCCAUUUUGUACGUGAGUUCUUUGAACCUCCCUAUUUGUCUCAAUGUCCUUACAUUCCAUGUGUCUAUGGUGAUGUUAUCUCUUCCACAGAUCCUCUUUGUUGGGGUUACACCAGUAGUAUACUUGUUGCACCUGCCCUGGUGGGAGACGGAUGGCACCGUCAUUAUUAACCCGGGCUGCGAUCAAUCCAGUAUGGAAAUCGUUGACUUGCUCAUCAUAUGGUGCGUCUUGGGCAAAUGUCUAACCUGGCAGAGCCCAUCCAUCUCCAGGCAGCCUCCUUUUAGUUGCCUCUUACGACAUGCAGGAGGAGCAGUGAGCCUAUUCUGUCCCCGGACCUACAGGGGAGAGAUGGGGAAACAUCGUAAAAAGACAAAACCAUGGGUCACAAAUGAAGUACUACAAAUGUGUGACAUUAGAAGAGAAAUUAAGAGAGACAAGAACAGUACGGAGGGAGCUGAUAAAUCAGAGCGAUUGGCAGAAAGAUCAAGAAAGGAAUGAAGGUGUCCAAGGAGAUAUGGAUUGAAAAACAAUUUUCUAAAAUUGAAGAGUAUCAGUAAUAAAAAUAGCAAACAAGCCUUCCAGGUUGUAAAAGAUCUGACGAAGAAAAGAGGGACCAAAGCUAACGCAAUUCAGGAAAAAGAAGGGAACAGCCUUACAUAAGAAAGGGACAUCAUCAAUAGGUGGACAGACUACUGCUCUGAGCUAUACAACCACCAGACAAAUGGAGAUCCUAGUGUCUUAGCCUAGAUUCAACAGAGAAGGAUGACUUUCCAAUACUGCAUGAAGAAGUGGACACAGCUGUGAAAUCACUCAAGAAUGGAAAGGCUACAGGUAUUGACAACAUCCCAGCCAAAUUGAUGAAAUUCCGAGGAGAAAUGGUAAUAGAUGUACUCACCAAGAUCUGCAACAUCUGGCAGACCAGUGAGUGGCCCUCCAUGUGGACACAAUCACUAAUCAUCAGUCUGCCAAAGAAAGGCAACCUGCAGUUGUGUCAAAAUUACCGGACCAUGAGCUUAAUUAGCCAUCAUAGCAAAGUGAUGUUGAAAGUCAUAUUGAACAGAUUUGAAGCCACAAGCAGAGAAUAUCAUCACUGAAGAACAGGCUGGCUUUUGUGGUGGAAGAAGUACCACAGAGCAGAUUUUCAACCUUCGUGUUCUAUGUGAGAAGUACUUACAUCACCAGCAGGACAUCUACCACGUCUUUGUUGACUUCAAGAAGGUGUUUGACAGAGUAUGGUACAAAGCUCUCUGGGCAGCCAUGAAGAAGUACAGUGUUGGUUGUAAGCUUAUUCUUACUAUUAAACAACUGUAUGCCAAGGCCAGCAGUGCAGGUCUCAUCAAUGGCACAAUAGGAGAGUGGUUUCGCACCAUUGUUGGAGUCUGGCAAGGCUGCCUUCUUUUGUCCACACUGUUCAGCAUCUACUUGGAGCGCAUAAUGACUGAUGCCCUAGAAGAUCACAUCUGCACAGUCAGCAUUGUGGGGGCAAAAAUCUCAAAUCUUCGAUUCACUGAUGACAUUGAUGGCCUGGCAGGCAGCAAAGAUGAACUUGCCUUGUGAAACAGUUGAAUGAAACCUCCACAAAAUAUGGCAUGGAAAUCAGUGCAGAGAAAACCAAGCUGAUGACAAACAUGAUGGGAUCAGCUCACAUAUCACUGAGAAGAGGCAGACAGAAGAAGAGAUGGAUUGACCACAUAAGAGUGGAUAGGAAUGGACUUCGUGGAGACUCAAGCACUGACACACAAUCGUCAGGGGUGGAGACAGUUGGUUGAUUGCUCAUCAGUGAUGGUGCCCCAAUGACCAAUGCAGUUAUGGGAGUGAUGACGACAGAGAUGUUUUGAGAUAAGAUGAUCAGCUGGGUGACGGCAUACCAAUGAUUUAGAAAAUAACCCUGAAAAUAUAUCAUUAUAUAUCUCAUUUCUUAUGCAGUCUAAUAUUGUUUGCCGUUGUUGUUGUUGUCCUCUGCUGUACAUUGGAAAAAAAAGGUUUUCAUUGUAUUGUCACUGAUAAGCAUAACUUUUUCCUGAGGGGUUACAGUUACUUUAGAAUACAGCAAUGUGUAUUAGUAGUUCAGAUUAUUCCUCCCAGUGCAUUACCUUGCCUUGUCAGCGAUUAAUUUAAUCUUCCAUCAUGUUGUCCAUUCACCUGGCUCUUCUAGGCCCCACUAACAUUCUUCUGUCUUUAGUCUUUAUUUAUCUAAAUUUUACCAUUUUAUGGGUCAACUUCUCUUCCAUGUCAUAAAUAAAUACAUUAAGCACCAGCCCAUGGAUAGGACCUUGAGGCUCCCCUACUGUUAAACUUUUGCCAUACUUAAAAUGGACCAUUCCUUGUCUUUGUUUUCUAUCUUCUCAACAGUUUCUGAUUCAUGACAGUACUUUGCUUCUAUGUGAAAAGUUAAUUUUGUUAAUAGUGUCUUAUGAGAGAGUGUUAAAAACUGUCAAAUUAUAUCAAAUUAUAUAAAAACUGUCCAAUAAUCUAUUUGCUGAUUUGUUGACAGGCUCAAAGAAUUCUAAUAGAUUAGAAAAAUAGUAUUUUUCCUUAGAGAAGCUGUGCUGGUUUGUUCCUUCCAUAUCAUAUUCAUGUCCGUGUUUUAUAAUAUUUCUAAUUAUAAUUUCAACCAAAUGAAGUAAGGCUCACUUGUCUAUUAUUCCUACAAUCACCUCUAGAUAUAUUUGUAAAGAUAGGCAUGACAUUUGUUAACCUCUGACAGAGCAGCUAAUAGUAAUUUCACUUCAUACUUAAGUUCUUUCAGAACACUUGCAUCCAUUCCUGGUACUCUUUAACUUAUCUUCUCUUUUCACACCUCAAUUUCUGACAGCAUUUAAUCUUUAUUAUCUGAAAAGGAUGGGGAUAGGACUCUUAUGUCCCCAGUAUCUUUAGCCAAGGAAUCAUUUAGCUUCCUUAUCGUCAUCACUUCUUCCCUUUACUUCUUGGUAGUCUAUCAGAAACAGACACACACACUGUCCCCUGUUACUAUCAGGUGCUUUUCUGUUUCUGAUAUAUUUAAAGAGUUUCUUAUUGUGUGUUUUUACGUCUUCAGCUAUUUGCUUUUCAAAUUGUCUCUUAGCCCUCUAAUUUCUAUUUUAUAGUUACCUGCCACAAUUUAUGAUCCUUUCUGUUGUUAUAACCACAGCUGCAGAGCUGUGGCUCUUUGGCUUAAGUAGUGGCAGCUCAUGCAGUUAGCCCUGGACUUGACUGAGGACCAAAUAAUGCCCGCUGGGGAAUGGUCCGUUCAGUGGAGGGCAUGGGAGGUUUGGACUGCCUAGAAAUGUGAAGGACCAUCUGGUAAGUCUCCUUUACAAAAAGUUCUACUACGUAAUUCUAUCUGAAUGGGGUAAAAUUUGGGCCAACGUAAAGUGAACCUAGAUUCAGGAGCAGGAGCAUCCCUCCAAUGCAGAUGUGCUUUAACCUCUCCUCCCCUUGUUACCCACAGAAGAGGCUGGACCAGUGCUUCUGAAGCGCUGUAACUGUACACCAAAGAAGGGCCUAGCAGUGGACUUACUUUUUAACACUUCUUUAAAUUCCGAAAUGCUGCUACCAUUGAGGGAGGAAGUACACUGUUAUACACACACCUCCCAAUUCCUAAUAUCCUCCACUGACUCUGUGUUCACAAACAUUCGUAAACUAGUAUUAACAAUGCCUGCUUGGCACCAAUGCAGCAGUUCCUGACCUGGGCCACUCACAAGCAGCCUGACAGCAUGCACGUCACACCCAGCAUGUCUAUGUAUAGCUGCAGCCCUGGUCUAGCAACUUUGACCCCAGCAGCCUAUCAGCAACACAUUAGUCACAUUGUGACUUCCACGAGCCUUGGUUAGUGCUUUGCAGGGUAACCCCUCCCAAACACUCCCAGUCCUGAAUUUUCUCAACACAUGUAUUCUGCACUGUCCAGUCUUCUCUUGGACUGUUCAGAUAUUAAGACCUGUUGCCUUGUAAGGAGUCAGUAUUCAACAGUUUGUUACUUUAACUGGAGUUAUUAAGCAGUUCAGUUUAAACACAGAACUGAAAUGUUUUAUUUUAAAGGUAAAAAAGUUUAUUAACAAAAGAAGAUAGAAUUUUAAGCACAUUCUGUAAGAGCCAAAGUUAGAAGUUGUCACAAGCAAAUACAAGUGAAAACAAGCAUCUGAAACUUAACCUAGCAAGUUUUGGUUCAAAGCUUUGUUUAAGAUGGCCUUUAUCACCCACAGUCUUCCAGCAAGAUGGUUACUGACUCUUUUCUUGGUCAGGAUCUCUCUCAGAGGCCCUAAGGUGCUGGUGCCUUUGUUGUCUUAGGUGAAAGAGAGAGAACUAGGGGUUCUCUGCCCCUUUCCUUUAUAAUCCAGUAAACCACUGAAGGGGAUUCUUCUGAGGGUUACCCUUCAGAGUAAAGGUAAAUCAAGCAAUGAAGAUGGUGACAUGGAGUCUGUUGGUGAAGGAGGCCCCAUGAUCUUUCUUGCCCCAUGUGUAUUUGCUGAAUUGCAUAUUGUUCUGUUUUCUGACAUCUCCGUUCCCUGCUAUCUCGGGAACCCUGUUUACUACUACUAAACAGGCCUUUGUUUAGAAUAGGCAGAGCUGUAAUGCUUUUGAACAUGUGCCAAUAACAUUAUACAGGGGGAUUUCAUAACUUUACAUAUUAUAUUGCUACAUACAUUUCACCAUGAUAUUAUUGGCUACUGAGUUAUUCAUUUUCAAAUUAUUCCACCUAAGGCAUAUCUUGUACAAACAUUAUUGAAAUAGUUUGUAGGGUGUGUGUACAAAGAUGCUUAGUGUCACAAAGUGUUUCAAUGCUCAGUGUUGCAAUGCAAUGCCCAAUCCCUGCCUCCCAGUGGAAUUCACAGCCCUCAGUUAAGUGCCCAGGCUCACCAUGCAUUGUAGGGGGAGAGUUAGUCUUUUAAGAAAGACUCACAGAAGACAGCAGGCUGUCUAGGGAGCUGCCUAAUAUAGCCAGGAGGAAAGAAAUGCAGAGUAAAGAAGAAGGGCUUGGGGGGCAGAUCCACAAAAGGGAAUUUGGUGCCUAACUGAUAGACCUCAGUGAGGCACUUCCCACCAAUUAGAAUUCUCAGCCAGUGAAGACAAGCCCAGUGUUUCCUGCCACUUUCAGCAGUUCCUUUAAUGCCCUGUCCCUCAGAGUCUGCCAUUUGUAGUUCUUGUCAGCUUCAUAUGCCUCAGGUUGUUGUAUUAAUUUAGAUGGAAUAAAUGGGCCCAAAGAGUCAAAAGUGUUAACAUGACCCUGUCAUAUCCAACAUUAAACAGUCUUAUACCAGGUUUGGGGUUUAGUAUACAAUGAGCUCAGCCUGCUUAUUACCAUGGUGAACACACCAUUAAAAAUCUUUUUCACCUUUUAUUAAAGAUACACUUAAGCAUUUGAAAUAUAGAAUAUUAAGUAAGGCUUUCAUUUUACCAGUACCUCUUGUUCCCAUUCCCUCUAGCUGGAGAAAGUCUAGAAGGAAAAAAACCCUUGUUUGAUAGUCUCUUCGAUGGUGAUCACUAUCCUUUUUGGGGAACAGAGAAGAAGUUAGUUGGUAUGGGAUGGAGCUGUUGUUAAAGUCUGAUUCUGUUUAUCAGGCUGGCAAAGGCUCAAUGGUUUCAUGGUGGAUCCAAGAAGAUGAUGGGGGUGGCAGCCAGGAUGAUGAUCACAACAAGGCUCCAUUGAGGACUACAGUUCCCAGAAGGCAUUGCAGCACCCUCUGCUUGCUCCUGCUUAUAAUUCAGUGCCUCAGGAGUAGGAGGAGCUGGGCGGGGGGAGUGGCUGCCUGGAGGAGCUGUCCCUAGGAGGCUGAGGAGUGGAGAAGGAGCCAUGAAGAAGGGAGGUGACAUUUCUGACAGUGACAGUGAUGAGACAAUAGUGGAGGGCUCAGUAAUUGAGAGUGACCUAGACGAAGAGGAGCUGCACAUGAAGAGGUUAUCUUUUGUUAAUAAAGAAGUAUCUCUAACAACUGAAACCAUCUUUGCUGCCGAAAUAAGAAGAGUAAAUGGAGUUUUAGAAAACCUCUCCCCAGAGAUUCAGCUUGUCUGUAAAUUCCGUGAUAAUCUAAAAAAUAUGAAGCAAAAGAACCAGAUAAAUCCGCUGGCUCAUAAGAUGAGUGAAACUGAACAAUCUCAGUCUCUGCUACAGGGUACAGUAUUUACUACAAAGAUUUCUCAGCCUGGUCUUCCACUAAAUGCCUCAGUAGGUAGAGAGCAAAAUUACUCUGUAGGUUUAGAUACUGACAUGUCUGGAUUUCUGAAAACCGAGAGAAAGAUUUCAUAUCAAUUAAAUGAUGAAGAUGACUCUCCAGAAAGAAGCCUACUGUCAAAUGCAGUUGUAAAAGAGACAUUAAUGGCUCCAAAGGAAUGGACACCACAGAAUGUAUUUCCAGGUGUUUUAAAAGAUUGUCAAAGUGCCACUAUGAUCAUUACUGAGAUAGAUACUGGGGUAAAAGAUAAUUCUCUUGAGAAGUCUAUACCUGACUUUAUUUUAUCAUCAACAUCAGAGAAGAUUUCCAGGGAAACAUUAACUGUACAAAGUAUAAUGGAUGAUGAAUUUGAAGUUAGAGAUUUGCUGAAACCACUCAGUGAUUCAGAGAGUCCAGAAAUGAUAAACCCCUUGCAUGACACGUUACAAUGUCAAGGUGAUGCUCUAUCUGUAGAUAUAUCAGUAGAUGAGAACAGCAAUGUUCUGCCACUAGAGCUUCUGACAGCACUGAACUCCUUUUCAGAAUCUGUAGUACAGCCUGUCCGUCAAUUAGUAGGGAAGGAAAGAGAGCUUAAUGCUGAAGAAGAACAUUUGAGAUCAGAACCCAGUAUUUUCCAGGUAGAUGACUGCACUCAAAUAACAGAUGAUAAAUUUGAGCCUCAAUUUUCUGUGAAGCAAUUGGAAGAAAUAAAAACAUUAACAGAGGCUGCAUUUCAGGGUACUUUAGAUGAACAAGUUAUAGGUAACCAGAAGAACCAGGAUUUGAUCAUUUCUGAUUAUUGCAAUGUCGCCUCUUAUGACAAACAAGCUGGUGAAGGAAAUUCAGGUUCAAUAGAAAAUACCUCGGGUAUAGAAACUACCAAAGCAACUUCUUGUACAUUAAGGAGGUCAACUCGAUUAAGAGAAAACUGCACUAGAAAGCACAUAGAUGAAGCUUCCAGUUGUUAUAAAAUGCUAGAAGAAACGCACCGGAGAAUAUAUAGUAAUGAUGAAGAAACAGGAAAUAAACUUUCAUCUAAAGAUUUUGGUAGAACACAAGACUCUGCUUGUAAGGACAGCAAAGAACAGCGUUCAGAGCUGGAAGCCAGUACAUACCAAGGAUCAACUAUGGAUGUAAACAGCAAGGUUGAGCAGAUGAGGAAAAGCCAAAGGCUUGCAAAGAAAAUUACAAAACAAACCUCUGUUAAAAAAAAUUCAAAUAGUGCACCUGUUGCCUCCAUUCCUCUUUCAAAAAUCUGUAGGAAAAAUCUUUUUGGUGAGACUUUACUGCAUAAAGCUGUUGCUGAAGAUGAUACAGAUUUUGUACGCAAAAUUAUAAAAGUUGGUGCAAAUGUAAAUGUUCAGGAUUAUGCUGGUUGGACUCCACUACAUGAAGCCAGUGUGGCAGGUUUUUAUAAGACAGCAAAUGAGCUUUUGAAAGCAGGAGCUGAUGUUAACUGUAAAGGAAGUGAACAAGUAACACCAAUACAGGAUGCAGUUAAAGAGGGCCAUUAUGAGGUGGCAGAGUUACUGCUUUGGUAUGGAGCUGAUCCGUUAUUCAAAAAUGAGACAGGGAAGUGUGCCUUUGAUGAAGCUACUGACCAGCGUAUGAAGAAACUGCUUGCAAGUUAUAUAACUAAAUCUAGAAGAGGUUCAUCAUCAGCUAAAAAGGAUGUAGAGAGUACAUUAAAUGCUCAAAGAAUAAAUGACACAAACCAGCAUCAGUUGGAAGUACAUUCAGAUAGCACAGUUCACAAUUCUGGUGUUGGUAAUAAUAAUAUAUCAAAGCAAGGAUUUGUCAACUUUGAACAAAGUAGCAAAGAGAAUUCAAUAAGAAAUGCCAAAGGUUCCAUCUCCAGAGUAUUUGAGGAUCAAAGAUUGUUGAAUGAAAAAAACUCAAAAGAUACAAGACUGGUUCCAACACAGACAAAGAAAUCAGCAGGGACUGUAGAAAAGAUUGUAUCUAUCGAGAAUGUCAGUGAGUACAGGACAAUUGUGUCUCCUUCAGAUACAUCUAGAGACAAAACAAGAAGCAGAAGCCACAAAACAUAUGACCCUCAUGUUGGACAUAACACUGGGUUCACAGUUAAUACCUCUUUCUCAAAAAGAAUAACUAGGUCCUGUGUACAUCAUAAUUAUAGUUCAGAUAAUAUUUGUGAAGUAGGGGAAAAGCCCAGCAUACCCAAACAGGCAGAAAUGCAAAAAGAACAUGACUUCUGUAAUAGUGAUACUCCAGUUUCAGAAGAAAGGGAGAAGACUUAUGGAAGCAACAACAAACCUUCAAUAAUAAUGACAGACCAGGUAACUAGUUUACUGUGCACUGAAUCCUCAAUUCCUGUAGUAAAAGCAUCUAUAGAGCAGUCUGAGAAUGUUGAGUUAACAGAACUUGAUUCUCACUCAGUACUUUCUUUGUGUGAAGAAAUCAGUGUGCCUCUUGUGACUGCAGAGCAAUGUUUUAUGAAUCAGGAUAAUGAACGCCAUUGUCUUAAUCACAAUAAAGAUGGUAGCAUGGGUGACAAGAGUCUGACUGCAGCUAAGAGAAUAAGUAGUAUCCACUUUGUUGAAGAAAAUAUCAUUUACAAUGAGAAUAAUAGACCAUCAGACCAGUUUAUUUAUUCGGAAAACUCCAAAGAUCAAAUUAACUUUGAUAUCGAUAGAGACAGAAUUAAUGAGGAGGAACAAAGUUUAAAACACUCUUUACCUCUUUUUGAAGAUAUUUCUUUACAGGGAAACCGGCUAGAAUCAGAAAGCCUAACUACACUUUCACCACAGGGAACUGUAAACCUCACUGAUUCAGGCUAUACAGUCCUAUCUGAACAGUAUAUUGACAAUGAGAAUCAAAACAUUUAUAAAAAUGUCUCUAAAGAUGUAGAUAACUGUACUGUACAAACACUUCAAACAAGUACAGAAACGCUUUCAUUGCAUGAAUUUUCAGCAGCUGUUAAUAGAGCUAGUGAUUCUGAAAGUCCUGAGAAUUUUAGCAUCAGGGUGCUAAGGCCUUUUGCUCAUCAAACAGAUGAGGGAAUGAGGAUGAUGCUAAGCACAGAAGGAAGCACUGGAAGAUGUUGCACUGAGAAAAUUGAAGAUGAAAUGAAUUCAGAGAUUAACACAUCUACAGCUUUAAAGCUACAUGAAAAAGCAGCAUUUCCAGUGAAAAGAAAGAGACAGGACCUUCAGGAAAUCAGCUUAGGCACAUAUUUGUAUUCCACUAGUUGUAUGAACAAGAAUUCACUUCAUCCAUCUCAGCUGACCCAAGAAACAGAGCAGGAAACUUCCCAAAAAUCAGAUGAGGGAAUGACUGCUGAGAGAAGUGGAGAGCAAAGCACUGGAAGAUGUUGCAUUGAGAAAAGUGAAGCAGAAAGAACUGCAAAGAAUACUCCUCCUAUAAUGUUACCAUUACUUGAAACAGAAACAAUCCAAACUAAAAGAAUAAGACAAGACCUUCAGGAGACCAGGCAAAAUACAGAUUUAUGUGCCAAUAACAGUAAUUCACCUAAUCUAUCACAAUUCAGUCAAGCAGCAGAACAGGAAAUGUCUGAGAAAUCAGAAUCGUCACUAUCAAGCAAAGAAGAGAAAGCAGCUGUAUCUGCUCAGCCUACCCAUAUUAUAAGAGCUGGGAUAAAAAAGAGAAAUGCCAAAGGGGAAAGUCGCCUGCACCUGGCUGCUAAGAAAGGAGAUUUAUCUUUAGUGAAAACUCUUAUAGCAUCUGGAAUAUGUGUAAAUCUAAAGGAUAAUGCAGGCUGGACAGCAAUUCAUGAAGCUUCCAACAGGGGAUUUACUGAGGUGAUCUUAGAGUUACUAAAAGCUGGUGCUGAUGUUAAUAGCAAAAGCCUGGAUGGGACUUUACCAAUACAUGAUGCAGUUUCUGGCAAUUAUUUCAAGGCAGUCAAUAUUCUACUACAUCAUGGAGCAAACCCUAAUGAGAAGGACACGUAUGGAAAAAAUGCUUUGGAUGAAGCAUGCAAUGAUAAAAUGAAGGAAUUACUUAAGUCUUACGGGGCUACUGACAGUGAAGUUGCUUAUGAAACAACUGAGAUUACUGAUAUAGGUCCUUCUAGGUCAAGAAGACCAACACAUACCUAUUGUGAUUGCUGUAAAAAGACUGAUAUUCCAUUGGUUUUGCACCAUAUGACCAGAGAAAAAUGUGGCACAUAUGAGUCCAUCAUUGCCACAUUACAAGAUAUAGAAAAGAAGCAGGAAAAACUGUCGCUGUUUGAAGUAAGAAACCCAAAAGAUGAAGGACUGUAUAUUCAUGACCUAUCGCAGAUACAAGACACUUUGAAUGAAGUGCUUGCCAAACAGAAAGCAGAAAGGGAUGUCCUAGCUAAAAAAUACAGGGCUUCAGUGGAGUCUUUUAAACAAGGAGCAUUGAGGGAACAACUAGUUAAACUUGCUUCUAGGCAAAAGAGUCUUUUGGUUGUGGCACAAAAACAGAAAGAACUAGGCCAAAAAAUAAAAAACUAUAGGAAAGCAAAGCAAGUGUAUUCUAGAUGUUCAAAAAAACAAAUCCGAAACUCAAUUAUUUCUCAGGAAAAGGACAACAGAGAUGAUCUGACUGUUGAUGAAAUAGUUCAUCCUAAUGUAGUAACAGUAAGUGUAGACCCUGGUGCCAAAUUGGCUAAUGGAAACCCGGUGGAAACACUUCUCCCUGGAGAAGGUAAAUUUUCAGAUCAAGAAUACAGCCAACAUCCAAACAGCUGCUUAGAUGAGACAGGAGCAAAUGAAGAGGCAAGUACAAGCAAAGAAGUUUCUUCCCAUGCUUUGACAUAUGAAAACAAGGUUAGAGAAUAUACCUUUGAUAAGACAUCAAAAUCCAUAGAUACUAUAGAAAUGGUAACAUUGCCGUCAGAACCUAUUAGUUGCAUUACUCCAACAAAGUGCUCACAGCAAGAAAAAAAUAAUUAUAUAGCAAUUGCAGUACAAGGAAGCAAGUCUCCAAAUCCCAGUCCAGUAACCAGCAUGUUAAAUAUUUCAGAAGCUGAAAGCUUUGUUAUCAAUAAUAAUAAUAAUAUCCAUCAGCCAAUUGCUGAUAGUCAACAGGUUCUCACUGGUAAGACUGUGCAAAGAUGUGGACAUUGGAAUGAAGCUUCCCAGAAGCAACCAAUAGUGGUGUCACAAUCUGCAGAAAUCUCUCCUAUUACUCUUCAGCAAAAUAUCUUCCAAAAUAAUAGAACCUCAUGUAAUGCUACAGGUCUGGUCUCAUAUGUACCUUAUCCAGUAAACAGCUGUCAAAAUUCUUCUUCACAGUACUCUGAUAAUCUGGAUAGUGAACAACAGCAAUUGAACUGCAGAGGAAAUAGAAGGAAAAAAAAUCGACUGAAAGAUCUGCUUGAAUUAGGAAAGAUUAAGCCAGGAGAAAAUGUUCUAGAAUUCAAACUGCAGGACUUCAGCCAUAAAGUUGCUCUUUUAGAAGAUGGUAAAAUCAGAACGAGCGACAAUAGAAUUUAUGGGAAUCCAGUUCAGUGGGUUAAGGCACUAUUAGGAAAUGACAUUUCUGUGAGCUGGAAGUAUGUGUGGAAUAAGGUCACAUACCUUGGAACGGAGCUGUCAAAAAUUCUUGUUGAAGAAGCAUGUAUUCCCAAUGAACCAGAAUUACCAGCACAACAAAAACAGCCUUCUGAAUUGUCCCUCCAGUCUGACUCCGUAAAAAACUCCAGAAGCUUUCUUCAGUUAAAUGAGAUAGUAUUAAUAAAUAAUGAGGAACUUCUGCCAUGUCAUAUAAUGGAUCAGCAUUGGAAGUUCUAUGUGGAAUGUGAGAAUUUUGGAUUUUAAGAACUCUUCUGAUUUAUAACAUUUUUUCUUCAUCAUCAGUUAAGAGUAAAACUGACUUUUUAGAAUUAAAUUGCCUUGUUACUAGCAUUAAAAUAGCUUCUUUAGCCUGGUAGUCUGAAUGUAAAUCAGAUAUACUAAAAUAUUACCCAGUAUCUAAAUUUAAUACAAGAAACUUAAUUUGCAGCAGCUGAAGAUAAUUGUCAAUGCUGAAUUCAUGUUUUGUUUCACUAUUGAGACAAGGGAGUGUAGAGGCAAAGUCCUUUUAUAAAUUUGGCACUCACCUCCGGUCAUACUCAGUCCUGGCAUAGGUGGGUGCAGCUCCAUUGACAUCAGUGGCAUUAUACCUGCUUAUACAAGGGCUGAAUAUUUCCUCACUUGUCCAGAUAAAAGCAUCACUGACAGUCAAUUUGAAACUAACUUUAGAGGCAGUCUACUUGAGCACAUGCCACCCUAAAUGACUGCAAAGGUCCAUGUACCAAUAUAAGCAAUUCUGUUAAGCAAAAAUUAAGAUAAACAGCUUUUAAAAUAGCCAAUUGCUUUGCUUUACAUGACCUAGAAAUGUAUAAACAUUUCUAGACGGUGGGGGAAGGGAAUGGGAGCAGGGUGGGUAAAAGCAAAAUUUUAUCCAUUUGAAGUUCUCAAAUGUGGGGUUUCUCUGAUUACCAGAUGUGUUCAAUAUGAAAUGACAGUGGAAGCACUAGUGCAUGGCAGAAAGUGCAAUGAGAUAAUUUACUGGUAAAAUAACUAUUUUUUUUUAAUCUAACAGCAGCUUCCAAAUUUGCCCCAGCCUCCUGAGGAUUUGUAUUUGUUUUAAUUUUAAAACGUCUGAGUCGUCCCCAUUUAUAUAACAUUUGACUAUUACCACAAGAGUGAUAUGCAUUCAAACUGCAUUCUUGCUCUUUCACUCCCUGGAUUACAAGAAAUAGAAAAAAUGCAAAGGUAACACCCAGUACUAUUAAUUCCAGAGAAUGGGACAGAGUGAGAGACUAAUGCCAAAACAUGGCAGCCUGUAAUGGUUAUUGGGGUGUGAAUUACUGUCUUGAAGGGGAGUUGAAUACCGCCUUAGGCAAAAGGAGACUAUCAAGGCAUGAACUUGAUACAGGGGAAAGAGAGGGAUGCUUCUAAUGGGAAGUGUGUUAAUACAGUGCCCUGUCAUGCAUUAGUAGUCAUUGAUUGAUAAGGCCUUAAAGAUUAAAAAAAUACAAACUGUCAUGAAGCCAAAAAGUUAAAUGCUUUUGAGUGGUAGGUAUUUAAUAAAGGUCAGUUUCCACACAGAAAAGAGAGAAACCAUUUUUCUUAGCUGCUACAAUAGAAGAAUAGAAAGCAAAAUCAGUUUAAAAUAAAUGCUUAUUCAAAUAUUGUUCAUGUCUUGUUUGGAGGAGGCUACCAUCUUAUUUGAAAAAUUACCUUUGACUAUCAGACCUACUGUACUGCUUGUCAGUUUAUUUUGAAUGUUUUCUUUGUUAUAAGGUAUUAAAUAAAAUUGUUAACAAAAACUG